AUGGAAGCAAGCCAUAUCAAGGACAACAGUGUGAUGCUUGAAGUUCUUGACGAUCAACUGAGGCUACUUCAUGGCCGAUUGGUGAAUUCGCUUAACGAAGAAAUUUUAUGCUAUCGACAGUCAGUGGUAGCAUUGGUGGACGAAAAUAUCAACAACAGAAAUGCUUUGCAACUUUAUUUACGGAAUUGUCAAGAAUACAAUACAUCACUGGAAAGUGAUGGCGGCUAUCCUCAUUCGGAUUUUGAAAUUGGAUUUUGUGGCGAUUCAGGACAACGAAAUAUGACUGUUGAGGAAGAUACAGCAAACGAAAUAGAAGCAAAAGGAAUCACUUUAAAAGAAGUUGUUGAUUUGCUUUUAAAAAUUAUGAUGCAUUCCGCCAAUAUUCUUGUGAAUGCUCUUGGAAAUGCCUUGGAUGAGUAG